AUGGAUUCCAGUUUGUGUUCCUUGUUUUCCUCCCAGAGCGUGUUCAUACGCUUGGAAAAAUAUGAAAAUGAAUUCGAAACAAUGCGUCAUCUCUUCGAACUACCACCAAAGUUACAACGAUAUUGUGAGGAUACCUCGUUGCAAUGGAUCAAGUUAUUGGAACAAAAUGAGGACACGGAAUUUUCACUGAAAGAUGACUCAGAACGUCUGGAGGAAUCCCAAGAAUUGAGGAAACAAGGAAAUAUAUUUUUUAACGCUAAGAACAAUAGAAACAUUCUGGGAGCAUGUCGUCUCUACAAUGAUGCCAUAUUUGCGGCUCUCGAUUGUAAAGGUUGUGAAGAAAUAGCUUUAGGAUUUGCAAAUAGGGCAAUGGCAUUACAGGCAUUUGGCUAUUAUGGGCAGGCUUAUGAUGACUGUGUUUGUGCUCUUAAGAUGGGCUAUCCGACGGCAAUGCGCCAUAAGAUAAUAAUGCGACAAGCUUACUGUUCGGUAAAGCUAAAUGAUGCCGAGGCGUUAAAGAGACACCUUUUGGAAUUGGAGGGGAUGUCGUUAAAUGACAGCUUCCAAAAGCAGUUCAAAGAAUUUCAAGAAUCUCUACAGAAAUUGGAAGGUGCUGAUGAGAAAGAGUCGCCAAAGGUGGAGCAGGAGGAAACAAAGUCAACCAGAGAUUCACAGGAAAUCAUUGAUACCGGCACCGAUUUAGGACGCAUUAUGAAAGCCAAAAAGUUUAUACCAAAGGAUCAGCUUAUCUUUCGCGAAAGAGCUCCGGCAUUUACCCCAGUGGGUGAUGGACGGCGGAUUUGUCAUCAGUGUGCCAUAACUGGUUUUAUACCCUAUCCCUGUUUCAAUUGCCGUGGACGUGUUGUCUACUGCUCCCUCAAAUGCCAAAACGAACAUGAAAAUAUUCAUAGAUAUGAAUGCGCUGGAUAUCGCUUUCAAUUAUUUGCCAAUGCUGGUAUUGCUCAUUUAGCUUUAAGAACGAUUUUGGACGAUGGCCUAUUUACCAUUGUUGACGAAUUGAAAAGCAAAACAACUGAUGCCGAAAUAUGGCAAUCACUGACAAAAGGUGGAGAUAUUUAUGAAAAUAGUCUUAAGCUCUAUGCUGAAUCUUUGCGGAUGAUUUCCAAUUUGGAUAUUAUGACCAUUAUGGAUAUUAAGUGGUUCGCAUUGAUCUCCUAUCUCUUGGUUGUAUAUUUAAAACAUUAUACGAAAUUUUUUGAUGAACUAAAGGAACAUAACUCCAAAUGCAAUUGGGAGCUGUUGGUGGGUACGCUGAUUCUACGACAUGUCGGCCAAUUAAUAUCAAAUGCCCAUAUGUUAACGACAAUUAUUUCCAAGCCCUUAUAUUUUACAAAAACCGAAUUUUAUUUACUUAACGAUCGCAUAUGGCUGAAACCGGGCCAUUUGAAACGUGGCUAUUUGCACACCUUCAGCAACUAUGAAGAUGUUGCUGCAAUUAAUUUACCCUAUUUGAGUAUUUGCAAUCAUUCCUGUGUCCAAUCAUUUCAACCGAAAUUUUCCGGUCGCUAUAUUAGUACAUUUGCUCUGCGUGAUUUAAGGCCAGGUGAUGAAAUUACAAAUUGCUAUGAUUUGGACUAUCGCAAGGUGAAGCGUGAAGCCAGACAGCAGCGUUUGAAAUCUACCUAUAAUUUUGAUUGUAAAUGUGAAAAUUGUUCGCAGCCAAAUGAAGAUGCUGAUUUUAAUCAAUAUCAUCGCUACCGUUGUGAUAAUAAAGACUGUCGUGAAAUAUUUAUUCCUAUUAUUCCCCAAAGACGUUCAUUGAAUUGGUGGCAGAAUACCGAUGAGGGUUCGGUAAAUGAUAUAACAAUAUUUUGUACAAAAUGUGGUUGUGAACAACGUCUCGAUUGGUAUCAUGAGAUAAAAGGUUUAUUGGAUAAAGUACGUCAGAGUGGGACCAGACGCCGUCUGUAUCAAAUAUUUAAAUCUCUAGAAAAUACGUUCAUCGGACUUAAUGAUGUUCGUGUGUAUGUGGCAUUAAAGUUUUGUGCCGAAUGGUUUAAAUUACCAUAUUUUGGUGUACCAUUGCAUGAUCAGGACUAUACAGAAUUAAUCGAUAUGACAAAAUAUCUACUGGCAUGCACCAAACAUCAAUCAUCGGUUAAUUCGAUUGAAUAUGUGGCCGAAAUGAUAUAUUUAUGGGAUAUGGCUGCUAUGGGAAAAUACAAGUUGACCGCAACUGAAAAAGAAGAAACAUUAUUUGCUCUAAGCAUUAUAUCGGAUCAAACUAAAGAAAUAUUUCUUAAUUAUUAUAAUGAUUAUAUCAAAAAAGAUGAUAUAUAA